GGGGAACUGCAGCAGCCCAGCCUAGGUCUUUGGUGAAAAAUGGCCAAAAUGCUAAACUUAAAUGAAUUAGGGGAUGUUGAGGUGACCCUGGCGUAUGUCAGAUACGCAGUCCUUCUCCUUGUGAAAAUGAUGCUUAUGAGCACGAUCACAGCUUUCUUCCGAAUGAAAAAAAAGGCGUUCGCUAGUCCUGAAGAUACAGCAUCAUUUGGGAAAGGAGAGAAUGCAAAAAAGUAUCUGAGGACUGAUCCUGAUGUGGAGCGUGUACGCAGAAUCCAUCUCAACGACCUUGAGAACAUAGUUCCAUUUCUUUUCAUCGGAUUCUUCUACUCUGUUAGUGGUGUCACCCUCUCCACCGCUUUGAUGCACUACCGAAUUUUUCUUGGUUCUAGGAUCUUCCACACAAUUGCCUACCUGGUACCUCUUCCCCAGCCCUGUAGAGGUUUGGCUUGGAUGGCUGGUUACUUAGUUACCUUUUCAAUGAUAUACAAGCUUGUGAUGGUUGGUUUCAGUAUGUCUUAGAGAAGAAAGCUAGUACCAUUUUCAGCCUAUGUACUUCAGUAGUGCCUUGUCCAUCCAAUAGAAGAGAUCCUCCCUCCCUCCCUCCCUCCCUCCCUCCCUCAGGUUGAACUGUGGAGCUCUUGGCAUUCUCCGAGCUUGGUUGUUUGCUUGCAGACGUUUUAUUACCAAACUAGGUAAUUUCAUCAGUGUGAGGGACUGUGUGGUUUGUUCCCUGUUUACAUACAGUAGCUUGCUGUGCCAGUUUUGGUGGGGGUGUGGUUUUCUCCUUGGUAGUUCCUUGAUUCAAGGAUUCAAGGAACUACUUUAAUCAAGGAACUACCAAGGAGAAAACCACACCCGCACCAAAGCUGGCAUGGCAAGCUACUCUACGUAAACAGGGAGUGAACCCCACACUCACUCGCACUGAUGAUGUUACCUAGUUGGGAAGUGUAGCAUCAGCAAACAAACAAUCAAGCUCAGAAUGCCAAGGACUCCACCAUUAGUUCUUCCUCAGAGAAACUCCUUCACAUCUGCUGCUCAACUUUCCAGUGUUUAUGCAUACUCUUUCUGUUUCUCAAACAAGUUAAGAUUGUGAGCCAUGACAGCGAGAUGAAACCAACAUACAUGGAGGCAGUUUUUUUUGGAAGUGGCAGAUGUGGAAGGCUGACAAUAAGACAGUGUUCUCUAACAUAGGACCAUCUUGAUCUGUGGGGAUCAUUAUGAUUGGUUCUGGCUGGGAGUGAUGAAAGUUGUAGACCACCAUAUUUGGAGAGCCCCCAAGCUGGGGAAGGCUAUAAGGAAUGACCACCCUCUUUCUGGUGUAAUCCAUCAAGUCUUUCUUGGGUUUGCUGCAGAACUCCCUUGAUUCAGUGCCAUGAAAGGAGGGAAGUUUUUCCCCCACUUUCUAAGCCCUGGAAACUGGCCUACAUAAGUGAUGGUCGAAUGCUUCUUUUCUAGGAUAUUAAUUCUUUAGUUUGUAAUUUUUGGGAACUGCAUUAUCUCUGCAAUAAAUGCAGACCAGAUCAGAAGCAAAUAUGGCUUAUUCUAUGUUACAUCUUGAGUGGUUGAAAUGCAGCUUUCCAGAUGGCCUCGGAGUACAGCUCCUUUUAGCUGUGCUAAUUGAUGGAUGUUGGGAGUUCAGCAGCAUCUGGAGAACCACACAUUUUGAUAGGCCCUAUGAUUGUAGAUCUGGGAAGUAAGCAUUGUACUUGAGGCUCACAAAGCAUGUCUCAGUUCCAGCUCUUUAGCCCUGUUAACUUCCCAUCUUCAUCAUGAGUUUGAGUGCUUGUUUUGAGCCUAUGGUUCCUGAAUAGUAAUUCAGUAACAUCUGGAGAGUCGUAAGUUCCCCAUCCCUGUUCUAUGUUUUGAGUGCACAAGGCCAUCCUAGAAAUUAUAAUCCAAUACAGAUAAUUUGCCCAGAAAGUAUGGGCUUUGAAUGUUUCACUAUACUUGAUAUUCCACAUGUUGUAUCAGCAUUUCAAAUACUUUGGUUAAAUUUAGGUUCCAGUUCCAGUUUAUGUUUGUUAGAUUUGAACCUUGUGAACAAAUUCCUUUAUUCCUGCCUUCUCCUUCAUGUGUUGUCUUAGCUCAAACUGAUUGGAAUGGCUCAUGCAAGCGUUAAGAUUUUUAAUGUGCACCAACUCUCUUUUGAGGGCAUAUAUGAAUGGUAAUUUUCUACAUAUGCUAUUUUGGGAUGUAUCUUUUUGAAGCAUAAAUAAUAAAGACAAUGGCAGGAAAAAAA